CUCACACUAACAGGCUCCAGUGUUUGGCUCUGAGACAUUUGACAAACUCGUGUCCCCAAGAAGCGGUGUCUGUCCCUAAGGUUACCUGCGCCGACCACAAACCAGGCUCACGGGCACCAGUGUCACCUGCACCUGACAGUCGGCUCUCACCUCGGAGAGAAACUUGCCGGCCAGCUGCAAGCAUGGGAGUGGAGGCUGGUGUGGACGGGGGGUGGGGAGAAGCUUAGGGUGGGUGGGGAUCGUUCGUCACCCUUCCUGGUUUCCAUGCGAACCUUCCAUCAACCAGUCAGUGUCAAGCCGCAGCCCCACCUUUCCCCUCCUACCUGCAAUAUUGACGUGGCGGUGGGCGUGGCCCCGCUGCUAUUUUCCAAGCCUCUCCAGUUGCUCUUACGGUUUCCGCGGCAUCCGACAAGGUCAACAAGUCGCCAGGCCUGGGAGCACGCCCACGGAGCCAGCCACACACACCCCGGGUGUCUCCUGUCUCUGUGAAUGCAGCUCUGCCGACGGACCCCAUAACGGGCACGACAACGAUUGUUGGCGCUUUAAUCAGACGUGGAGUGGGAGGCCAUUAUUCAGGUGUAUAACUCGAAGAAUCCUGAAAGAUGGGAGUGGGGAAGAGGGGAAGGCGGAGGAGGAGAGUGGCUAGCGGGUGGAGGUGGGAGGAGACAAGAGUUACGGUACCUGUGCUAUCGUUUCUGUGACCACUGUGAGAGUAGGGUUUUUUUCAAAAUAAAAAAAAAAGAGACGGAUGAAUAGUUUUUAUUUCCGGGUGAGCAGUAGUCCGGGCUCGACAAGUGGGCCGUGAUUGGAACGACCCCGCCUGGCAGACCCGCUCCUUUCAGGGAUGUGCCGCCUUCCCAUCACCGACCGGCAGUGAUUCCACCCACUGUCGACAUCUUUUAGCUGCUGGCGCACCGCAGACUUGCUUCAGCAGCUUCAGGUGUCAAGCAGGCCAAGUGGCAAAAAUAUUCAUCGAUCCUCUUUCAAUCUUCGCGCAUAAAAGCUGACUGACGCGCAGACCGGAGGAGCGGAGCGCCGUCUGCAGGCAGUGGUGGACGCCUCGUGGUUCCACAGCUGAGCCCCCAGACACUAGGAACCCCCGUGUCUUGUACUUCCCUUCAGUCACUAAGAGUUCUGAUUUUAUAUUUCGGCACUAUGUUCGUGGAGGAAGUACAUAAGGUUAUUUGUUUCGUGCUCUGUGGAUAACACCUACUUUUCUCCAACAAAAGUGAGAAGACCAGAAAAUACAAAGACCACAAGAACUUUUUUGAGAAGAAGAAAAAAUUCUCAAAUUUAAAAGCCGUGUUAAGUGGACCCUCAUGGUCAACAAAUUCUGCGUUUUUAACAAAAACGGAAGUAAAAGGAUUUUUUGAAGAAAAAAAAGACAUUUUUUGAGUGGAGGGAGAAAAAGAGUUGGUAUUGCAAUCGGUGGACAAAAGGACCAAUGAGCGCAAAGGACAGUACCGUCAACAAAAACACGGGGCUGCUGCAUGAACGUGUUGUGGACAGUGGUGCCUGCACGCACUCGGCGCAACUAACGUACACGUCCCUUGACAGCCCCGCUAUGACCUGCACCUCCUCUCACCGAGUUUUAUCCCCCCUUCGUUCCGAUGCAAGUCGCCUGACAGAAGAGGAAAGACGUCCAGACUGGUGGCAUGAGUCCUACAGCAGCUGCCAGAAAACUUGCAGACUGGGGUUCCCCACCAAACGAAAGCACGCUGCCGAGGACACCGGACACUGCGAGGACAGACUGCAUCCGGGUAUUCGUGAUUCGACAGGGGAGCCCGCUCUCAAGCUUCGGACCGUCAGACCGAGGCUGGUCUUUUCUCCAGACCCAGUCUGCUUUGGCGUUGGGACGCAGAAGCAGUUCCGAACAGGUGAAAAUCUGUCUCCGUGCGCCUCGGCCCCAAGUCUGGCCAGGAAAGCACUUGACGACUCUGCAAAGCACGACCAUCACAUCGCCGGCGUCGUCUGCUCGCGUCCUCCACUGCAGAUCCCGAAGGCGCAGCGCAUCCUGUCUUGGUCCCCCGCUCUCUCUUGUCUUGGCCGUUGCGAGAUUGGCGAGGGAGAUCCUCCCAGCUCCGCCCCCGACUACAGCUGCUGCUCGUGCUUCAGGACGACUUUCAAGAAGCAGCUGCUGGUGGUGGACAGCGGAGGGGAGGAGGUCAAGGACGUCUUCGUUAAGCGGCGAGUCUCCGCCAACGCCAGGGAGAGGAGGAGGAUGCAGAGCAUGAACGUCGCCUUCGACCAGCUGCGUGACGUCAUUCCGUCGUUUGGAGGGAACCGGAAGUUAUCGAAAUACGAAACAUUGCAAAUGGCGCAGAGCUACAUCGCAGCCCUAGAAGACGUGCUGAAGAGGUGACGAGGACAAAACUUUUUUAUUUUAUUUUUAUUAUUUUUUUAUUAUUAUUAUUAUUAUUAUUUAAUGAAAUUAAUUUUGAAACAACUCGUUGAAAAAAAAACUUUUA